CUUUGAAAAGAACAAGUUAAAAUCAAAAAUGAAAUUACUAGGAGUUUUUUCACCUGUCAAGAAUACCACUGCCAGCUUAGACCUUCUUAAUCUGUAUAUGGUAAAUCAGAUAUCGUCCAAGAAGGAAACACCUGAAAUCAUGAAAAGACCAACUUAUGUGAAUAUGAACAGAGAUUUGAAAAUCCCACUAAGAAAGCAUGAUUUAGAACUUCCAAUGUCACCUCACUGUGUCCCUUCUAAACUGUGCAUCGAUGACAUGGGAAAGAAUGUACCCUAUCAAAGAUUAUGUAGCAAGGAAGAAACUGGCCCAGUUCAGUCAUCACAAGACAUGAACUCAUACAGAAUGUUCCACAAAACAGAAAACUACAGUUAUAUUCCACCAUCUUUUCCAGCAGAAUUACCUUCUAACAGACAUAUUCCAAGCCAAAACUCCACCCCAAGAGUAGCACCAAAUCCUUGGAAAUGUGCAUAUGAGGAAAAACAAAAUGAGCAGUUCAGUAAUGGAAAAUUUUCUGAUCCCUUAUUUUCCAAAUUACAUAAACGUCAAGAUAUUUUCACUCCAUCUCAGAGAACAGCAGAGUUUGGAGCAUCAUAUGAGAGAAUACGCAGUUCAGAAACUGGUGAUUUCUUUACUAGAAGAUCUGUGAUUAUGGGUGAAAAUUGUGGAAGCCUCUAUGAAAGAAGACAGCCAGACUUUGCUAUGGAAAAAACAUCAGUGCAGAAGAUUUGGGGGAAUAAUGGGAAAGAAUUCUCCAAUUUUCUUGAAGAUGUGAGCCAGCCAACUCAGAGACAUCUGUCAUACAAUCACAACUCGGACACAUUCGUCAGUCACAACAUGAUCCAGUUAUUGAGCAGAGAUCAGCCAGGGAGAAUGGCAGCCUUUCCUAAGUGUGGUUAUGAUGGUUUGCGUGGCACCUGGGUGGCUUCUUCUGAUGGAAGCCACUCCUCUAGUGGGGUCACUAGCGGGAAUUUUACAGUUCCACAAGUAGCUCUUCCUAAUCCUCCUCUGAAUACAAGUUACUUAGGAACCUGUCAGUCAAAGAAGCCCUACCAGAAGGAGUCCAACAGUAAUGAAAUACGUGAAUUUAGAUCUUUGGAGGAUGAUUGUCACCCAGCCAGAUGUGGGAGAAAAGGAAAUAUUGAAAGUGAUGACCAAGAGGAAGCGCUGCAGAGAAAUACCUGGGAAUACCCAGUGUGCUCUAUGGGUGAUAUUCCUUUGAAAGAAUUACAUCAUAAGCAGUCAUGUGAUUUUGACCAUAAUGAGAUGGAAGGAAGAAGAAUGUGUCCUUUAAAAGGGAGGUCAAUGUCUACUGAGAAAAUCUAUCUAGAGUCUUCACAGAGCAGCCAGUCUGCCAGCUACUCUCCACGGCCGACAGAGAGCACUUUCAGCUCAAGUUCUGACUUGAUAUCUGAAGAUGAAGAUCAGCUACAGCAGCAAAUUGAAGAUUCAAAUAAGAAAGCCACAGAGACAACUGAUAACUUAGAAAAAGGGGAAGAUCAUCUAGAUGACAUAAUUGUAAAAGACAGUGUCAAAAUUCAUAACCAGAAUGAUAACAUUCACCAGUCUUCAGUGAAAAAUGAUGCUGAUCAAUGUCCAGAGUCUCAGUGCAAUUCAGAGCACGUAUCACAAAAGCAAACCAAUAAUGACUGUGUGCUUCCGGCUGGGAGAUGUGACGUAGGGGUGCAGACAGAGAAAGAGCUGGGUCUGGGGAAAACAGCAGAGGCUGCCGUACAGUGUACCAUCCUUUGCCAAUGCUCAUGUCAAAGUUGGCCUGACGUUCCUGUAGAAGAGGAGCCUUCCCUUCAGGAGGCUGGCGGCUGCAGUGAAGAUAUUAUGGCAGAUACCACGGGAGGGCAGGAGACACAGAUAGAGAACUCACUUGAAAUCUCCGUUUAGAAUGCAGGGUUUCAUUUAACCUUGGAAGGCAAAAGGAAAUGUUUAAUCUUCAUUAACAUGAUAAGUAAUGAGAAAAUGAGGCUGAGCAUAAAGGCGAGUUUCUAAGUUCUACUGUUUCUAUGCAAAUGUAAUAUUUCUGUUUUUAUUAUUUUAUGUAGGCAUUUCUUUAAUAGCCUUAUUUGUAGAAAUUUGCAUAUAUUCUGCAUUUUCAAUAUAUAUGUUGCCAUUCUCAUGUUUACUCAUCCUUAUUUGGAUUAAAAAUAUGCACAAAUUCUUUA